AUGACGACCCGAAGCGCGGAGGUGACGGCGUUCCUCCAACGUCUCGAGCAGAAUGCUCUAGCUUCUCAAUCAACACACCCUUUCACUCCAUCGGCUCGCGCUCAGCUCAAGCAAUGGGAGAGCCAGUUGAUCAGCCUUCAGGUCGACUAUGACGCAUACGCGGAGCUUCUGCUACAGCACUCUCAGAAGGCGAAAUACGCUCCUGAGGACACGAGCGUCGAACUACGACUGGUGAUCUCGGGCAACAUGAGGGAUUGCGAGAUGCAACAGCAUCUGAUCGACACCAACCAGUGUACGAUUUUAUGGCAGUACAAUAUGCUGGCACGAGACGACCCCAAGUGGCCGUCAGGGAGCCGCGGGAAGAGACGGUGA